AUGAUAUUAGUUGAUGAAGAGGGUACUAAAAUUGAAGCUCAAGUUCCAAGUAUGUGGGUUUUCAGAUUUGAAAAGAUGCUUGCUGAAAAUGAAUCUUAUUAUAUCGAGAAUCCUCAAGUUGGUGAAAACACUGCGGAUAACAAAUUUGUGAAUAAUUCAAACAAAUUACAUUUCUGUCCAAUCACAAUGGUUACCAAAUCCAAUGAUUUUGUGGGUCCUCUGUACGGUUUUUCUUUUGAGAACUACCAAACAAUCAUUGAAAAUAAUAUUCCAGAAAAAACACCAGUCGGUCGUUUGUCUGUUUCAAAUUGGUACUCUGUUACCAAGCUUUACAUCAAUGCUAACAUAGAAGAAAUCCUACUGUUCAAGAACACUUUGGUUUCCAAAAAUUCUUUUGAAAAUCUGUCUGCUAAUCGUAGCAAAGAUUCAUCAUCCCUGUUGUUGUAUUCUGAGACCGAUGAGUUUCUUUUGAAACAUGACUUCAAACCCAUUACCGAAAUCCAAGAAAUCACAAAGGUAAGCCGAGGAUGUAAAUCGUGUUAUAAGAAGGUUGAUGAAGAUAUUAUGAUGAACAUUAAGCUAAAUGAUGGAUCAAACGACAAAAAAAUGGUUGUGUGCUCAUCCUCAAUCUGCAACAAUAAAGUUGUAUCUGUUCUUCCUAGGUUUAAAAUCCCAAUUAGAGUCGAAGAUCCUACAGGAGUAAUUUCAUUGACUCUUUUUGAUGGUGAUGCAAAUAGGCUUUUAAGAAAAAACGCACAAGAAUUGUUGGAAAUUUUUAAUGAGGUUGGGUCUGUUUUACUACACAACUUAAUUGUUCUUCUCAUGUUUUAUCUUACAUGUUAUUCAAUUCCAUUUGUCUUGUAG